CAUGAGCUCCUCCGGCCUCUCCUCUCUCUGGCUCCCUCCGCCACAAUCCGCCGCCUCCACCUCCACCUCCGCAGCACCACCACCACAGCAACAACAACCACCUCCUCCGCCGCCGUUCAACCAGGAAACCCUUCAGCGUCGACUCCAAGCCCUAAUCGAAGGCGCAAGAGAGAGCUGGACCUACGCAAUCUUCUGGCAGUGCUCCUACGACUACUCCAACGGCCUCACACUCUUAGGUUGGGGCGAGGGUUACUACAAAGGCGAAGAAGAUAAAGGCAAAGCCAUAAAAACGACAUCGUUUGAGCAGCAGCAACACCGUAAGAAGGUCCUUAGAGAAUUAAACUCUUUAAUUUCAGGUCCUUCAGCUUCUGAAUCCUGGCCCUUGAGUUCUGCAGAUCAAGGAGAGAACGAUCCUUUUUCGUUGUGGCUCAACGACCCUUCUUCUUCGGCUGGUGGGAUCGAAACGGUUGCCAACAACAAAACGGUGCCGGUUAUAUCCAAUCCUGGCACCUCCAUCGUGGUAACCAAAGCUCUGAAGAAUCCGCAACAGAAUCAGGGAUUUGUGCUGAAGGAAUUGAAUUUCUCGAGCUCGUUGAAGCCGGAAUCUGGUGAGAUUCUGAGUUUCGGAGAGAAUAAGAAGGGUUCUUAUGGUGUAAACAGUAAUAACGGUGGAAACAAUUUGUUCUCUGUUCAGUCUCAGUCGCAGUUUGUCUCCAAUGAGAGCAAGAAGAGGAGAUCCCCUACUUCGCGGAGCAGCAUUGAGGAUGGAAUACUGUCUUUUACUUCCAGCGUGAUCUUGCCGGCUUCCAAUGUGAAGUCCGGUGGUGGCGGAGGCGGAGAUUCAGAUCAUUCGGAUUUGGAAGCUUCUGUGGUGAAGGAGGCCGUUGAGCCGGAGAAGAGGCCGCGAAAGAGAGGGAGGAAGCCGGCAAAACGGAAGGGAGGAGCCGCCCAAUGCAACGACGCCGUUUCAGUUGCAGGGAGGGGGUUUUGAGUCCCUGCAACAACUUCUACUUACACGU